AUGUCUACCUUUAACGUUAUAAGAUGGUCCUUCUUAGGUGCCGGUGUUGUUUACGGUGCUCUCCACAGACAAACCUUAAAAUCUGCUGCUGAAGAAAAAUCAGUUGCUUCUAAGUUUGCUCAACAACAAAAGUUGAUUGAUGAAGCUAAAGCUGAAUAUGCCAGAUUAAACCCACCAAAGGCAGCAACUCCUGUUGCUUCUGGAUCUAUCAACUGGGAAGAUCCAAACUUAGAUAUUGGUAAAGCAUUAGAAUCAUUAAUUGAAAAAUUAUAA